UAUGGGCUGAACCUAAAAUCCUAUAAAUUCCUUCAAAAUCUUGUCACCUAGUCAUAUUCUAAUUCAAGAAACCAAAAAAUGGGAAUUUCAAGGCCUAGUGUUGUAGUUCAUAUGCUUUCUGCUCUUUUACUUCUUUCGUCCAUGGCAGCUUCAGCCAUGGAUGAAACCUUCGUUCAAUGUCUUUUAGACAAUUCUCAUCCUUCACAUCCCAUCUCCGAAGCCAUCUUCACUCCUCAGAACCCUUCGUAUUCCUCCGUUCUGCAGUCGUCGAUUCGAAAUCUUCGAUUCAAUGAGACCUUCACCCCGAAACCGUUUCUUAUCGUCACCGCAUUGCAUCAAUCGCAUAUCCAAGCCGCCAUUGUUUGUGCCAAAAAGGACAGCAUUCAGAUGAAAAUCCGAAGCGGUGGCCAUGACUAUGAAGGCUUAUCGUAUGUGGCUUCCGUUCCUUUCUUCGUCCUCGACAUGUUCAAUUUACGAGAUAUUGAUGUCGAUGUAUCAACUGAGACGGCAUGGGUUCAGAGUGGUGCAACACUUGGUGAGCUUUACCAUAGAAUCUCUGAGAAGAGCAAUGUACAUGGAUUCCCUGGUGGUGUUUGUCCCACAGUUGGUGUAGGUGGUCACUUUGGUGGCGGUGGAUAUGGUAAUAUGAUGAGGAAAUUCGGUCUCACCGUCGAUAAUAUCAUUGAUGCUUACUUCAUCGAUGUCAACGGAAGACUCCAUGAUAGAAAAUCGAUGGGUGAAGAUAUCUUUUGGGCCAUAAGAGGUGGUGGAGCAGCAAGCUUUGGUGUUGUACUUGCAUACAAAAUCAACUUGGUUCGCGUACCGGAAACCGUCACAGUCUUUCGUGUCGAAAAAACCCUCGAAGACAACGCAACGGACAUCGUUUAUCAAUGGCAACAUGUUGCAGCUACGCUCCCUGACGAACUCUUCAUCCGUCUCGUCAUUGACGUCGUAAAUAGUAGCACUCAAGCCGACAAAAAGACCGUAAGAGUCGCAUUCCUUUCGUUGUACCUCGGAGACUCCAAGAGACUUAUUUCCAUAAUGAACGAAAACAUCCCCUUACUCGGUUUGUCCCAAUCAGAUUGCAUCGAAACAAGCUGGAUACGAUCAGUCCUUUUCUGGACCAACCUCGCAAUCGAUUCACCGACCGAUGUCUUGUUGAAUCGAACCCCUUCGUUAGUUUAUCUCAAGCGGAAAUCCGAUUACGUGAAAGAACCGGUCCCUCGGGCCGGCUUGGAGUGGAUAUGGCAAAGAAUGAUUGAACUACAAGUGCCCCAAUUGAUAUUCAAUCCAUAUGGUGGGAAAAUGGGUGAAAUUGCAUCCACAGCAACACCAUUCCCUCAUAGAGCUGGAAACUUGUGGAAGAUUCAAUAUGUCACAAAUUGGAACCAAGGUGGACUUGAAGCAUCAAAUCUUUACGUAGGGUUGACUAGGAAGCUCUAUGGGUACAUGACUCCUUUUGUGUCCAAGAACCCUAGGGAGGCAUUCCUAAAUUAUAGGGACAUUGAUUUGGGUGUCAAUCACAAUGGGAGACUAAGCUAUGUUGAAGGGAGGGUUUAUGGGAUAAAGUAUUUUAAGGCCAAUUUCAACAGGUUGGUCCAAAUUAAGACUAAGGUUGAUCCAAGUAACUUCUUUAGGAAUGAACAAAGUAUCCCCACUCUUCCUCACUAAGGGAUCUGUUCAAGAUGCAAGAUAUAUAUAAAUUAUUAAUGUA